GGCAAACCAGCCAUUCUUACAAAACAUUCCAUCAACUUCACAUUCACAACCUCGACAACUAUUCUGAAGAAGUCAGACACAUUCUACACACCAUCUUCUCAAGAAUCUUUCUUGUCCAAGCCCUUGUCGCGUUUCUUGUAUCGCACCACUAAUAUCUAAGAGCGUAAAAGCAUAAGUCCUACAUGUACAAUACGAUGGCCUCACCAUGGAACUCUAAUAUUCCACCGCCUCCAGGUACGGCAGGCUCAUAUGGCUAUCAGCAAGUCGCGCCGAUAGUUGCCCCAGCUUAUCAUCCAGUGCAAGUCCGACAAUCAUUUAAUCAAGCCCCACCCAUAAUGUAUAACCCAGCAGUAAUCCCCCAGCAAUCAACCCCUCAGUCGAUACCACCUCCUGUCCAAAAGAAGAGAGACUGGCCACAGUCAGUCCGUAAUUACGUUCAACGUUCCUUUGAUGUCGCGCAUGCCAUCGCCGGUAUUGAGCGUCCAGACAUGGAAAACAUGUUGAAAAAGACCAUCACCGAGGCAUCCGAUACCGAUACACUCUUCUCCCGUGAUUGGGAUAAUUACCCACUUCCUCAACAAUUAAUACAAAGCGAGCGAUCAAAGGCAGCCGCUGCAUGGCAGCAGGAAUCCUUAAAUUUUCAACUAGCUACCACCGGUCUCGCGAAUUCGGCCAAGAAGAGGAAAUCUAUAGAAGGAAACAGUGAUGAGAACCUCGCCGCAAUGCCGCCAUGGCGUGCUAACAACCGCACGGGAAAUGAUGAUCGUGCCAAUUUGACGCCCUCCAAACAACGAUUUGAUAAACGACAACAACCAUUCCAAGACGAUCUCUCCCACAAAGGUACAAGUAAGUUUCAGAAAAACCUAGAGAAGCGACAAAAGCGAUUUGACGGUGGCUAUAAAUCUACCUAUAAGUCUAAGACGCCCACACCGGAGCCAAUGAUGGGUCCCUUAAUUGGUACGAACACAACGUUAGAGAAAGAGUACUUUCGUUUGACUACUGCACCCGUUGCUUCACAGGUUCGCCCUGAGUACAUCUUACGGGAAACGCUAGAUCUGUUGAAAAAGAAGUGGAAAAAGGAAGGAAACUAUUCUUACAUCUGCGAUCAAUUCAAGUCUAUGCGUCAGGACCUUACGGUUCAGCGUAUCAAAAAUGAAUUUACUGUUACUGUCUACGAAAUUCACGCGCGUAUUGCAUUGGAGAAGGGGGAUCUCGGUGAGUAUAAUCAAUGCCAGACUCAACUUCGGGCUCUUUAUGCCCAGAAGAUUGGUGGUAAUCCAGUGGAGUUCAAGGCAUAUCGUAUUUUAUAUUUUAUUCAUACAGCUAACCGCACGGCAUUAAAUGAUGUCAUUGCGGAUCUAACAAAAGUAGAGAAGGAAUCCGAAGCGGUAAUUCACGCAUUGAGUGUACGUUCAGCACUAGCAUUGGGCAAUUAUCACAAAUUCUUUAGACUUUACCUCGAUACUCCGAAUAUGGGAGCAUAUCUUAUGGAUAUGUUUGUCGCCCGAGAACGUUUGGCUGCUUUGUCGAAAAUUUGCAGAACUUACAAACCCGAGGUCAAAUUAAGGUUCGUCACGGAAGAAUUAGGAUUCGAAUCCGACGGCGAUGCUGCUCAAUUCAUUUGUGACCACAAUGGACAGGCCUUGCUAGUAGAGAAAGAUGGCGACCUUCGAUUUCUUUCUGGCCAGGCCGGUCAGAUUUUUGAAACUGCAAAAGCUGAAGCCUUCCGCGCGAUUGAUAUCAAAGGCCAAAUCUAACACUUUCGUACUUUCGGAAUUGGUUCAUAUAUUGCCAUCUUUUCACCCAUUUCGUCGUUUUUUUUCUCUCCAUGGUUAUUCAAAGACGCCUUUCACCUUUAAAUCUAUAUGAUUUAAUCUUCUUGAUUGGCCUCCCCUCAUAGAACGAGAUGUGGGUCUAGAUGACUGCGCGUUACGUCUUCACCCGCUCGUCCUUUCGCAGAAUGGAUUUUCGAGUCGACCAAGAACAUACUCGAGUUUUCUUUUCCCCCUUCUUCGAGUUCGAAUGGGAUAACCCCUUUGCACUGUCACUUUCUUUCUCUUCUUUGAUGCAUGGUGAAUAUCUAGGUGGAGUUUGUGGUUUUGGCGUAUAGUGAUGGAGUGGGGUGCUAGCCGUUAAUGGUAAGCACAUUGGGACCAGGAGUUCAAAGUUCUUUUGUACCUUUGCAUGGUGUCAGUGGGAGGAGCGUUUGAUACGAUAUUACAUGGCGUUGCACGAAACUGUGCUCAAGGCGGUUUGUACCGCCUUUUAUGUAUCACGUUGGCUUAUAGAACCCCCGUAGCUCUGUACAUACUGCAACUUGAGGCGAGGGUUUAUAUCAAGUAGUACUGACAAAAGUUUGGGGCAAUGGAUGGAUAGAAAAUCUCAUGAAAAUCGAAAAUUAACCAAAAACCA